CCUUCUGGGGCAUUAUUGCAAGGUCCAUCUGUAGUUCAACUUCCUCGUUUGUGGUCUGAGACCAUGCCACCAGAGGAUCACAAGUGGAUUGGCAAAAGGCUUUUCAAAAUUGGAUCCAAAGGAAAGCCAGCACUUCGUGAUGACCUCCAGCUCUGGUAUUACCCCCCACAGCCAGCACUUAUUUACAAUCAGGCUCCAGCUCCAGACAGAUUCUUUUGUCAUUCUCUUCUGCUGUGGAUGCCAUACAAGCUGUGGAGGGUUAAGGUUCUCUGUCCCAAUCCAGCCUGCGGACAACAUCAGCUGACAGGAGGUGGUCUGCACAAAAGGGCACGGCAGGUUCUAGACAUUGACAGAACAUACAAUAUGGUCACAGAAACCCUUAUCUGUACCAAGUGUAGAGCCUUGCAUGUGUCCUGGAGUCAGACUGUCCUGCAACAGCUAGAUCUGGGCCAUCGCUCUGAGUUUCAGGUCAUCCUCACGCGGAAGUACGCCUGUGAUAUGCGGGUCAUCAGGCUCUUGCGUGAGCGUGGCUUAGGCAAUAGUCCCACGCGGGUGAUAAAGCAGCUGCGUGAAAACCACAGCGAGCAGUGGCUCCAUCGUCUGGCCCGGUACACCACCCAAUGUGUUGACUUCCUCAAUCAACCCGGGGUGAUGCCAGUAAAAUUCCAGGAGCCCCCAGAGCCUACGGUGGUGCCAAGCUGCAAGUGGUUGCUCACCGUUUACAGCCAAGACAUUCUGACCAGGCUGGAUGAAAUCCAUGCAAGGAUAACAUCCACCUAUGGCUCUGUCUUGAAGAUGGAUUCUACUAAAAAGAUCACCAAGAAGCUGGCUGGGACAGCGAGGGGAACGGGACUCUGGCUUACCUCUGUUGGCAACGAGUUUGGUCAGGUGCUCAUAAGUGUGCUGACAGCCCAGGAAGGAGCAGGACUUGACAUGAUGGUAGACGGUCUGGUGAAAAGAUACCAGCAGGCUGGUGUAAAUCCACCUUCUGUGUUGUACGUGGACUGUGGGUGCUGCAGCGAGGUGAGCGAGAGCAAGCUGAAAACCAGGUUUAGGGGCUGGCCAGAUCUCAUGAUACGCUGGGACAUCUCUGACGUCUCUAUCCUUCGCAAAGCAAAGAGAGAGCUGUUGAUGUCCCAGGGUUGGCCUGCGCUGACAGAUGAAGAUGUAAACAAGCAUCUGACCAGAGAGGAGCUGGCUCUACAUUGCCGGAGGAGGACCCGUGGAGAGGAGACUACCAUGCUUCUCCUUGAACAACUGUUGACAGAGCUCCUGAGCAGCAAGGGCAAUGACUCUCUGGGUGUUCCUCUCUUGGAUCCAGAAAGGAUGGAGCACAUCUGGUGUGUCCAAAAGAAGCACAUCAAGUGUAUCCAAGACCCUCUUGGUGUUUCCCUCUAUACUGAGACCGGGAGCUUAACCAAGGGAGGGAGCAGUGCAAACCGUCUGAACUUUCAGAUUUAUUUGUUGGAGGGUCUACACAGGUGGAACCAGGAUCGGGAGGCAGCUUCCAUGUCAUCGGAGCCAUCAGCUUUACGCAGCUACACAGGAGAACUUGUUCACUGUGUAAACAGCAAUUAUGAAAAGCUGUUUGGCAGGAAAGUGGUCCCCACGUUUUGUCCCCCUGCACGUUACACUGGUAAAAUAAUUUAUUUGUGA